GGUUUAUAUCAUGGAGACUAUUCUACCGGCUGAUGAAAUUCCAUUUGAUUACAAAUAUCAAGCUUUGGUCAAUAAAUCCGACCAAACUGCUGUUCCUUUGCAUUUUGCAGAGAAUGAGGUUACUAUUCACAACAACAUUGCUGAGAUCAAGUUCAUUCAGUACUACUUCAACAAGAGAGUAGAUCCAAUUGAAGUGCAAUACAUGUUCCCAGUUCAUAGUGAAUGUACUUUCACAGACUUGGAAAUUAGAUAUGGAGAUGAGAUAAUCAAGGCUUCUGUUGAAGAAAAGAAGAGAGCUAAAAUCAGAUACGACGAUGCAGUGGCUCAAGGAAAAACAGUUGCUAUGGCUCAACCAGCUAUGAAUUCUACAGAUAUGAUAAAAAUCGAUAUGGGGAAUCUUCCACCUAAAAGUGAAAUCAUUGUUGUGUGCACAUUCCACCAAAUCAUGGAUGUUGAUGAUUGUAGUUGGAAACUUCAUAUCCCAUCUAAGAUAAUGCCAAGAUACAUGGGAAAUCUCUCAGAGUAUGUUGAAACUGGCAAGAACUUCAAAGGAAUGGUACAAAAUCUGCACAAGGACACCCCUGAAGACAGACUAGAUGCUAUUGUUGAGCACAUAUCUUCGUACUACAGCUCAACCAACUUCAACUGGAAGAUAACUUUGAACAUCAACUCACAGAGCCCAAUCCAUAGAGUCAUUAGUAAGAAUCAUGAUAUAAAAGUCGGAUUUCAUGAUAAUGACCCUACCAAAGCCUUUGUUGAGCUAACUGAAACUGGUUGUGACACGUUCUUUGAUGAAGACUUCAUCCUCAUGUACAGAAGCAACGACAUCAACACACCAAUGCUUCUCAUGCAAAAGAGAAACGACGAAUAUGCCCUCAUGGCCUCUAUGCUUGUUGAUUUGAAUCCAGACCAAGACUGGGUGGUCAUCAAAGAAGAUUCAGGUGAUUGGGUUGACGUCGACCCAGAAGUUACCUAUCACAAAGAAAUAGAAUGCGAUGAAGACUAUGAGGCAGCUGAAUUCUUGUUCUUGAUAGACAGAAGUGGCUCGAUGUCAGGACGACCAAUCGAAACUGCUAAGAGUGCAUUGACCUUGUUCCUUCAUAGUCUCCCACCAGAGUCAAUGUUCAAUGUUAUAUCGUAUGGAAGUGACUUUAAGCUAAUGUUUGAACAAUCAGUACCUUACACACAAGAGAACAUGGAAUCUGCUAUUUCUGGGAUCAGUAAAUUCAAAGCCAACAUGGGAGGAACUGAGAUUUUGAGACCAAUCAAGCAUAUAUUUGCACAUAAAUCUGACACAGAUCUACCAAGACAUGUAUUCUUGCUUACUGAUGGAGCAGUCUACAACUCACAAGCAUGUGUUGAGGAGAUCAGACUAAACUCUAACGAGUUUAAUUUCCAUACAAUAGGAGUUGGUAGAUACGUCAGCACACAACUUAUCAUCGAUUGUGCCAUUGCUGGAAAUGGAAUGUACUACUUUGUCCAUAACUUCGCUGAAGACCUCGAGAAAACAGUGAUAGACAGUCUCUCAAAAUGCUUCCAGACCAAAGUCAAAAUCUCAAAGAAGGAACUGUCAACAAACUACUCUAAAAGAGAUGAGCUCCCUAGCCUGGAAUCUGUGCCUUCGAAUAUGUACAAUGGAAGAUACUUCACAUACUUCUGCAUCCUUGAUUCAGGCGACGGAGAUUUAGAGGGAAGCUUUAACCUGGACAUGACCCUGCCCACUGGAGAGGCUAAGGAAUAUUCCUUCGAUAUGCAGAAGGAUGUGAGACUUAUUGAGGGAGACUCUAUUUUUAAGAUGUAUGCCAAAAGGAAAAUUAAGGAUAUGGAAGAUAAAAGAGAGGAUAAGGAAGGAAUUGUGGCGUUGGCUAUAGAAUACCAGAUCCCAAGCAACCAUACUGCUCUUAUUGCAAUGAAGAAAUUAGCGGUCGAACCUGACACAGAGUACGCUAAGAUUGAAAAAGAGAUCAAAGGAGGAAACAUUAACAUUAAAGUGAAAACUUUGACAGGAAAAAAUCUCUCGAUAGACAUCAACACUGCUGAUACGAUUUCUGUACUAAAAGAUUCAAUCCAAGACGUAGAAGGAAUUCCUCCAGAUCAGCAAAGACUUAUCUAUGCUGGUAUGCAACUAGAAGAUGAAAGAACACUUGGUGAAUAUGAAAUAUACGAUGGGCAAACUCUACAUCUCGUUCUCAGACUCAGAGGAGGUGGGGGCAAUGAAGAAUCACCUAUUGACACAAAUUUCCAGGGAGAUUCAGCUCAAGUCCCUGUUACAAAUACAUACAAAGAAUUUAUUGCACUUCAGAAUGUAAACGGAUCUUGGAACAAUAAAAUACUUGGCCUUGUUGGGCUCACUAAAGACCAAGUUUAUGAUGCAACUCCUGAAAAUAUUAAGAGUCUUGGAGAUAAACAAUUGGUUGUAAUGAUAAUGCUAACAUGGAUCGGCAUUAACAGAAUAAAGACUCUAUUCCCAGAUAAGGAAAAGGAGUGGAAGUUGGUCAUUAGAAAAGCCAUUAACUUCAUCAAGACCCAGACAGCAUCAUCAAUUGACUAUGAUGACAUUAAAUGCUCUCUGUUCUAAACAUUUUACUAGCAAUUUCGU